AUGGAGUUGUUCACGGUGCUUCUGUUCAGUUCAAACACGAUCUAUUUGCUGAUGGUUUGUGUCCUGGUCACGCUUGGGCUACUACUUUCGGAAUUCCAGCAAAAAGUGAAGGUGAAAAGUGACCUGCUGAAGUUGGUACGGGAAGUGCUUUUCGGACAGUUGUUGUGGUUAUGGCCAGUGAUUUCCGUGAAAGAUGAAAAUAACAACAAUAGCAAUCCAUUAGUGAAAGUGCCGCGAAAAGCUCCCGGACCGAGGAGACUCCCAAUCAUUGGAAACCUAAAGGAACUCGACGGCUACGCCGUUCCAUAUCAAGCAUUUAGCGUGCUUGCCAAGAAAUAUGGUCCAGUCGUAGAUCUGAAACUGGGCUUCGUCAAUGCGGUGGUGGUCACCGGAAUCGACAAUAUUAGGACAGUGUUGUACGACAAAAACCGCCAGUUUGACAGUCGGCCAAACUUUCGCCGUUACCAACUGUUGUUUUCUGGAAAUAAGGAGAAUUCUCUCGCAUUCUGUGACUGGUCAGAAACUCAAAGGGUUCGUCGUGAAAUGCUGAUGCCGCACAGUUUUCCGCGGAGUUCAAGCCGUUUAAAUGACUUGAACAACAUGAUCGUGGAAGAAAUCAACUUUGUGGUCGGAGAAAGUCACAACGACCGAGUUGUAGCCAUCAAACCAAUCAUCUUGAGCAUUUGUGCUAACGUUUUCUCUCAGUACUUUGCAAGCUAUCGAUUUGACCUAGAAGAUCCUAAGUUCCAGAAACUGGUGAAAAACUUUGAUCUGAUUUUCUACGAAGUGAAUCAAGGUUACGCAGCUGAUUUUCUUCCAUUUUUGCUGCCUUUCCACCGUAAAAAUUUGAAACGCAUGGAUCAGCUGACAGAAGAAAUCCGCGAAAUUAUGCUGGAUUCCAUCAUAAACGAUCGGUACGAUAACUGGGUAGAAGGAGAUAAAGCAAAUGAUUACGUUGACAGUUUGAUUCAACAUGUUAAAACCAACAUUGGCCCGGAAAUGGAAUGGGAAACAGCCUUGUUCGCCCUAGAGGACAUCAUUGGCGGUCAUGCUGCGGUAGGAAAUUUCCUGGUCAAGACCUUCGGAUAUAUCGUGCAAAAUGCUGAAGUUCAACAGAAAAUCCAAGCGGAAGUGGAUCACGUUUUAGAAGAACGAGGCAAACAGUGCAUUGAUUUCUCCGAUCACAAUCAACUGCACUACACUGAAGCUGUCGUCAUGGAAUCACUUCGCCUCAUUGCCUCACCUAUCGUGCCACACGUCGCAAAUCAGGACAGUCAGAUUGGAGGUUACGAUGUGCCCAAAGAUACGCUGAUCUUCCUCAACAACUAUGACCUCAGCAUGUCCGACAGUCUAUGGGAAUCUCCAGAAAAAUUCAUGCCAGAGCGAUUCCUGAAAAACGGUCGCUACGUGAAACCGGAAUUUUUCUUACCCUUCGGAAUCGGCCGCCGAUCCUGCAUGGGAUACAAAAUAGCACUACUGAUGAGUUUUUCAAUUAUCGCAAAUCUGCUGAAACAGUACUCCAUUACACCGCUACCAGGCCGCUCAUAUUUCGUGCCGGUUGGAUCACUCGCAAUGCCAGAGAAAUCAUAUGAAUUUCAAAUCAGUCCUCGACACUGA